AGCUAGUAAGUGCUAGCUAGCACUGAGUGCUGUGCCCAUGAAAUUUAUCUACAUAGGCUUUCACUUAACCUGCAGACAGAACUCAGUUAGUGGGAGAUACUUUCCCUCAAUAUUAUUAGCAUUGUUCCACUGCAACGUGGAACGACAGCUUUAAAACGUGCUCUUCGUAGGCCCGGCUACUCCAAGAACAGCGCCUCCCGCCAGACCCAGGCGGCUUCCUUCACCCGCAACCCGAGAGACGACCCGCAGGGCCCGCCCCGCGGAAGCCGCUGGUUGCCAGGCCAAGGAGAGGAUGAGGGUUGCCGGGGAAGCGGUUUGGGAGAGCCCAUGGUGACUGCAUGAGUGGAGCCCAGCUGUGUGGAUGCCCCAGCAUGGAUGACUACAUGGUCCUGAGGAUGAUCGGGGAGGGCUCCUUCGGCAGAGCUCUUUUGGUUCGGCAUGAAAGCAGUAAUCAGACGUUUGCCAUGAAAGAAAUAAGGCUUCCCAAGUCUUUCUCUAAUACACAGAAUUCUAGGAAGGAGGCUGUUCUUUUAGCCAAAAUGAAACACCCCAAUAUUGUUGCCUUCAAAGAAUCAUUUGAAGCUGAAGGACACUUGUAUAUUGUGAUGGAAUACUGUGAUGGAGGGGAUCUAAUGCAAAAGAUUAAACAGCAAAAAGGAAAGUUAUUUCCUGAAGACAUGAUACUUAAUUGGUUUACCCAAAUGUGCCUUGGGGUAAAUCACAUUCACAAGAAACGUGUGCUACACAGAGAUAUCAAGUCCAAGAAUAUCUUCCUCACUCAAAAUGGAAAAGUGAAAUUGGGAGACUUUGGAUCUGCCCGUCUUCUCUCCAAUCAGAUGGCAUUUGCUUGUACCUAUGUGGGAACACCUUAUUAUGUGCCUCCAGAAAUUUGGGAAAACCUGCCUUAUAACAAUAAAAGUGACAUCUGGUCCUUGGGAUGCAUUCUGUAUGAACUCUGUACCCUUAGGCAUCCAUUUCAGGCAAAUAGUUGGAAAAAUCUUAUCCUCAAAGUGUGUCAAGGGUCCAUCAAUCCUCUGCCAUCUCAUUACUCCUACGAACUUCAGUUCCUAGUCAAGCAGAUGUUUAAAAGGAAUCCCUCACAUCGCCCCUCGGCUACAACGCUUCUCUCUCAAGGCAUCAUAGCUCGGCUUGUCCACAAGUGCCUACCCCCCGAGAUCAUCAUGGAAUAUGGUGAGGAGGUAUUAGAAGAAAUAAAAAAUUCCAAGUAUAAUACACCAAGAAAAAAAACAAACCCCAGCAGAAUCAGGAUAACUUUGGGAAAUGAAGCAGGCACAGUGCAAGAGGAAGAACAAGAUAGAAAGGGUAACCAUACUGAUUUGGAAAGCAUUAAUGAAAAUGUAGUUGAAAGUGCAUUGAGAAGAGUAAACAGAGAAGAAAAAGGUAAUGAGUCAGUCCAUCUGAGGAAAUCCAGUUCACCAAAUCUUCACAGACGACAGUGGGAGAAAAAUGUACCCAAUACAGCUCUUACAGCUUUGGAAAAGGCAUCCAUACUCACCUCCAGUUUAACAGCAGAGGAUGAUAGAGGUGGUUCUGUAAUAAAAUACAGCAAAAAUACUACUCGUAAGCAGUGGCUCAAAGAGACCCCUGACACUUUGUUGAACUUCCUUAAGAAUGCUGAUCUCAGCUUGGCCUUUCAAACAUACACGAUAUAUAGACCAGGUUCAGAAGGGUUCUUGAAAGGCCCCCUGUCUGAAGAAACAGAAGCAUCGGACAGUGUCGACGGAGGUCACGAUUCUGUCAUUUUGGAUCCAGAGCGACUUGAGCCUGGGCUAGAUGAGGAGGACACGGACUUUGAGGAGGAAGAUGACAACCCCGACUGGGUGUCAGAGCUGAAGAAGCGAGCUGGAUGGCAAGGCCUGUGUGACGGAUAAUGCCUGAGGGAGUGUUCCUGAGUCACACUGAGGAGAGGCUUCACUCAGGAGUUCAUGUUGAGAUGAUCAUGAGUUCAUGCGAUGUAUAUUUUCCUUUGGAAACAGAAUGAAGCGGAGGAAACUGUUAAUACUUAAAAUUGUUCUUGAUUAGUAUCAUGAGUUUGAAAAGUCUAGAACUCCUGUAAGUUUUUUAAUUCGAGAGAGAAGGUGUAGUGGAAUGAGUGUGAGCAUUGGGCUUUGCAGUCCCAUAGAAGAGAAAUGGGAUGCUAGCCUGCCACUACCUACUUGUGUGAUUGUGGGAAAUUACUUAAUCUCUUCGAGCCCCAAUUUCCUUAACCAUAAAAUGAAGAUAAUAAUGCCUACCUCAGAGGCAUGCUGACUAUAGACCAUUACAGCAGCCCGUAUGUUAUUCACAUUAUGAUUUGUGUUUAUUAUUAUGUGACUCUUUUUACACUUCCUAAAGGCUUGAGAAUUAAAUAUAUUUAAUUUUGAU